AUUUAAAUGACCUGUAACAUUAGAUCAAUUGCGUUGGAAAAUGGAUGAAUCGCAAUGGCUAUUCAAACACCGAUUGCUGUCUCUCUUCCAUCCAACAAUCCCUGCCUUCGUUGGUAUGAGAAAGAUAAGAUGAAAUGGAUUAUUACAAUUGUGCUAGCUGGAAAUUCUAGAAUGCUUGAGCAAUUGCGUACGUGUUGGCUUAAAGAGCAUUGACAAAACGAAAGAGAAACUCUGGAGAAACCUAGAUUUGUAAAGCUUAGCUCUCAUAAUUGAGUGCCCUGAUCUUGGAAAUGCACGCAUUGUAGUGACUGGAGGUUGAGGUUUAAACAGUUCCGAGAACUUCAAGAUGAUGGAGAAGCUGGCUGAGAAACUUGAUAUAAAUGCAUAAAUCUGGUAAUUGUUAUGGAGAAAGUUGGUGGUCGAGGUUUAAAAACUUCCAGGAAUUUCAAGAUGAUCGAGAAGCUUACUGGGAAACUUGAUGCAGCAGUUAAAGCUUUACGUGGUGUUGUUGUUGCAGGAUACAUUUCCAAUGAACUACAGUCUGAAACCAAGCAUGCUCGGGGUAAUAGUCGGAUGAAUGAGCCCCUGGUUGCUCGCUCGUGCCUGUUUGGUCUUAUGCUUGUUUGGAAGAGCUUCUCGGAUAUCGAAGUACGAGAUGCGUUGCUCUGUAUUGAAAAACUUUUUUUUGUUUUACUCAAGGUGCUUGUGCCCACAUUAGUAAUAUGCAUUAUUGUCGCUUUAGGAUCUUGUCACAGUUAUGCAGACCUUAAAGUUUUUUUUCUACUUUUUUUUUAAAGAAUAAUGUAAGAUUUUCUUUUUUGUUAAUAGUAUGAAUUAUUAUGAAAUUA